AUGGUCAGACAUGUCUGCGACCGCCACGUCGAUCUCGACUUUGUGGGUGACCUUGCUCGCCAAAUCAGAGGUUUGGGGGCGGUGCAGGAUUGUGAUGCGCACGAGGCGGCCAUUGCCAACCGUCUGCAACCCUUCUUGGGGAGGUUUCGAUCCCAUCCGCAAUGUGCAACAAGCUUGUUGGUGAAACUGGGCAACACAUCGCGUUUUGUGGUCAUACAGGUGCUGGAGGUUUUGCGCAAAGGGAAUUUGCAGCAGAACGAGUUUCACUGCUCGUCUGUGCUUGCUGCCUGUGGCAAGGAAUGUGAUUGGGAACAUGCGCUGGAACAUCUUCAGUAUUGCCUCGCUUGCAGCAUUCAGCUCAACGAGGCUUGCUACAAUGCUGCAGUUCAUGCUUGCAGGAAGGACUGGCAGCGGGCAUUGCGCUUCCUGUCGUCGAUGCGUUCUCUUGGUCUUCGUUUGAGCCGGACAAGCUGCAACUCUCUACUGCACGCUUCGACGGUCACAACCGGAGCACCGUCAUCCCUCCAUCAGUGGGCCUUCGCAUUGUCACAGCUGACAGGCUUUGCAAAGAUGCAGAUCCGCGGCGACAGCUACACUUUGACGACAAUCGGGGCAGCUUGCGCUUUGAACAAAGUCGGCCAGAAGCAAUGGCAGCAUGCCUCCUUGUUCCACAGGUUCCAUAAAGGACAAAGCAACGUCUUUUCCCACAACAGUCUGCUCUGUGCCUGUGAAAGAGCAAGUUGUUGGGAAACGGUUGUGGGUAUGGUGAUUGAUCCGUCGGCUCCUGUUUCCACGGUGAUCAGCUUCAACACUGCUAUAGCGGCGAGCAGUGCAGCACACGGAAACUGGCGUCAUGGACUUUGCAUGUUUGUGUCGAUAGCUACACUUCAACUGAGCAGAAGCAUUUCAAGCUACAGUGCUCUUGCAGCUGGACUUCAGCGCAUGCUCUGCUGGCCACAAUCGUUGGUGUUUCUCUUGGAUUCGAGCCGAAGCGCUGCUCUCGUGCCCGACACAGUGAGCUUUUUAAGUGCCGUCACCUCGCCUGAGCUUCACUGGACGAUGGCCGCUUCCUUGCUGGAUUCCACCUUUUCGCUGGGCACGUUCCAGAUCAGCACUCUCAAUGCCAUGGUUGAUACUCUCCGAGAGGCCUCCGAGUGGAGAUUUGGAUUGAGCUUGCUGGGUGUCAUGGCUCAGGUUCGGGCAAUGCAGGACAGGGUGACGUCUAACACCCUGCUGGGCGUGCUCAGUGAGGCGGCUCGCUGGGAGCUAGCCUUUCAGUGGUUUCAGAGGGACCUGGUGCCGGAUGGCUUCAGUGCAACUGCUCUGGCAACUGGGCUCGCUGGUGCACGUCGAUGGGAAGAUGCGCUGGCCCUGAUGUCCAUGCUCGGGCGGCUCAGAGUCUCCAAGGAGCGUGGUGAGCCGCGAAGUGCCACUAUCGCGGCGUGUGUUGGACAGUGGCACCUUGUACUAGGCUUGCUGUCUUGCCAACUGAACGUCGUGACCUACAACGCUGUGCUCUCUGCCUGCGCUGCAGCAGCUGCAUGGCAAGCCACGAUGAGCUUGCUUGAGGCCAUGCGACCUCUGCGGCUAGUCGCUGACAUUGUUUCACACACCGCAGUCCUGGACUCAUGCGUAUCUCCGUCUCUCUGGAGAUCUGCACUGUGUCAGCGGAGGCUGAUUCAGACAAACAGGCUUCGGCUCGACGCGCUCAGUCUCAGUGCUUGUGUCUCUGCCUGCGAGCUGUCGGAUCAACAAGGACUUCCACCUUGA